AACUUUAAACUAUACAGAAGUAGAAAUAUUAUUUUCAGGCAUUUUCUUAUAUUUCCGUGUGUGAAUUGAAAAGUAAAAAAAUGAUAGAGUUUCAAGCACUCUUGUAUCUGGUUAUUUAUUUCUGGAUAUUUUUUGUAAAUGAUAAUUUACAACAAAAUUAUAAUGAAACAUUGAUUACUGAAAAUAAUGAAAAGGAAAAGUUUAAAAUAAAUGUUAAUGAAACAAAUGUGGUGGACGAUAGAAAUGUGACUUCUUAUAGGCAGAAAGAUGGUCAGAAUUUCAAUAAGCAAGAAAUUCCAAUUAACUAUACAGAGUUGUUUGAAAAUAGAAACUACAGUCUAAGAAUUAGCAACUUAAUAGUGGAAAUUUUCAAAAAUCAUUUGGACAGUUUUAGUUGUCAUUCGAAUAAAAUGAGAGUAGAGGUCGAAUCGCUCACACCAAACAGACUAUUUAAAUUACUAAAUACUUUCAAAGAAAAUAUUCAAAUAUAUUUCAACAAAAGCAAAAAAAAUUUAUCAAUGGAUGAAAAGUCAGCAAAAAAGUUCAAAAAUGAUAUUUAUAUUGCAAUUGAAAACAUUACGUGCAGUGUCUGUAAAUUUGAAUACAAUCUGUUUUGGCAUUGUGAGAUCUCUGAUUACUAUCUAGGCAAACAAUUAUUUGAAAUUGUAAAAUUAAUACAUAUAGAUUUUACUACGGUUUCUAAUAUUUUAGAAAAGAAAUCUCAAACUGAUCAAACGGUUGUAAAUAAUGCAUACCAACUCAUUUUAAAUCACACAAAAAUUCUUGAAAAAUUAAUAAUACCAACAACAUUUGGUCAAAGCAACUCUUUCUACUUGAAAAUGAAUAUGGAUCACCUUGAUUUUUACGAAAAGCAAAAGUAUUAUAUUAAUUAUACCCCGAAGAUAACUAUUAAUAAUUUAAAAAACUAUUUUGAUGAAUUAUUAAAAUCGGAGGGAGAUGGAAUUGUAAACUGUGAAGAAAGAAAUUAUUCACAUCUUUAUUAUAAAUAUGACAUAUUUGUAUAUGAUUGGAAAGAAAUGAGGAAAAUAAAUACUCGUGAUUUUAAUGAUAGACUGAAAGUAAAAAGACAAAAUUUCGAGAAAACUUUAAAAUAUUCAGUAAAUUAUCCAGAACGUAUGGUACAUGUUAAUACUACAAGUUUGAGUGGUUAUAGUACUGAAGAAAAUAAAUUUUUUAUGAAAGGAAUUUUUUGUAUAUUAAAAAGAAUCGUAAAUGAAAUUAACGACAUUGCUAGUCAAUCGAAAUUAAUAAUAUACGAUCAUUAUGUAAAUGUACCCUCUGCAAUCUACAAAUUAAAGCAAUUUUUAUUUUCACUCGAGGCAUCACCAUUUAUCAACUAUCAAAAACUGACGAAUAUAUAUUUCUACAGUGCACGACAACAAAUACUUAACAUAUGUUUUCAAAUUCAUUCAUUUUAUGUAGAAUCGUGGAGCAAAAUUUUCUCCUGUUCUUCUCAACGUAAAAUCAAAAGGAUAAAAGCAGAAAUAAGAACUUGUAUAACUGAAUUAAGAAACCCUUUUAAAACACCGAAUCAGUUUCAGUUAAUUGAAAAGACUUUACAGUCUUUUCAAUUAACUGAAACUAUAUUAAAAAAAUUAAAGAAGAUUAAGAAAUUGAGUGGAUGUAUUAAAACCAAAAAUCUUAAUACGUCACAAUAUGAUAUUAUAAAUGAGUUAAAAAAUGAAAUAAUAGCAUUCAAUCAGACUAUUGACGAAAAUGACAAUCUCUUAUUUAAAGAUCGAAAUAGCAAUUUUGCGAAUUUAAUCUGUAAAAAUUUUGUCAACGAAUUCAAUCUUUUAAAAUUUAAUUUGCCUUCUGUGUGAGUCUGAUUUUGUGAUAUCAAUAUGAAAUCAUUAAAAUUAUGAAUUUAAUUAUAAAUGUUAGUAAUUAAAUUUAAAGUAUAAUUUUGGGU